AUGAGGAGACUGUAUCCGGAGGCAUUGGCCGAUAAGAGCUUUGACAACACUGGAUUGCUUCUUGAAGCUCCUUUUGACCCCUCGCGUCGCCAGAAGAACUCGGUCCUGCUGGCCAUUGACCUCACGACAGCCGUCGCAGAUGAGGCUAUCAAGCGCCGGGACUCGGCCGUCGUGGCCUACCAUCCCAUCAUCUUCCGUGGUCUGAAGUCCAUCACACUCGAGGACACCCAGCAACGAUCUCUCCUACGUCUAGCACAACAUGGAAUCAGCGUCUACUCGCCCCACACCGCCGUCGACACCGUCCCCGGCGGAAUGGCCGACUGGCUCUGUGACGUGGUGACAGGUGUCCACGGCGGCAUCAAAGCCGAGCAGUCCCAGACCAAGCAGUGCGCUUCAUCAAGCUAUUCUGCUCCUACCUACCCACGCCCAGAGUUUGCUGCAUCCGCAACACAAAGCUCAAUUCCCCACACCCGGUCGACCAUCCACCCAUCACCGCCCGAUUCAAUCCCGGAGGGCUUCGAGUCCGCCGGUGCCGGCCGUCUGGUUACUUUCAACGAAGCCCAGCCUCUGACCAAGCUAAUCGAUUCCAUCGGCGAGGGCGUUGGCUUGCCAGGCGGUAUCCCCAUUGCCAUUCCGCAGUCCCGGUCCGUGGACGACAUCCAAAUUCGCACGGUAGGCAUGUGCCCCGGUUCCGGGUCAGGCGUGCUUCUCCGCGGCGGCGAAAUCCCCGACCUCCUAUUCACGGGAGAGAUGAGCCACCACGAAGCAUUGGCAGCUACGGAGCGUGGAUCGGUGGUUAUUUCCCUUGCGCACUCCAAUUCCGAGCGUGGAUAUCUCCACGCCGUCAUGCGUACCAAGUUGCUUCAGGAAUUGUCGCAGUGCUGGCAUGGUGAGAGGGAGGUUGCUCUUAAGGCGAUACAGGAUAGUGCGAAGCAGGGCGGUGCUGCCCCUGCGGAAUCUUCUGAGGUGUUCCAGGAUGCGGAGGUGUCGGUUUCCGUAAGUGAGGCCGAUCGAGAUCCAUAUGGGAUUAUGAUUCGUCGGUAG